UAAACAAAUAUUUGGAUUUGAUCAGUCAUUAAAAAUCUUCCGUACGAUGAACGUGUAUUAACAGAAAUCAACAUUUUUACAUUUUUUUAUAUUAUUUUAUGAAGCCACCGGGGAACUGAAAUCUUAGUAUUUUAUUUUUGGACGUCUAAAUUUUAAGUGAAAUCAAUAUGAGGGAAAUUGUCCAUAUCCAGACUGGACAAUGCGGCAACCAGAUUGGUGCUAAGUUCUGGGAAGUGAUCUCUGACGAGCAUGGCAUCGAUCCUACGGGCGCCUACCAAGGCGACUCAGACCUUCAGCUCGAGCGCAUCAAUGUAUACUACAACGAGGCUACUGGCGGCAAGUACGUACCCCGGGCCGUCCUCGUUGACCUGGAGCCUGGCACUAUGGAUUCUGUAAGAGCUGGGCCUUUCGGACAGCUUUUCCGACCUGACAACUUUGUCUUCGGACAAUCGGGUGCUGGUAACAACUGGGCGAAAGGACAUUACACUGAGGGUGCCGAACUUGUCGAUUCCGUCCUCGACGUCGUCAGAAAGGAAGCUGAAGGCUGCGAUUGUCUUCAAGGGUUCCAGCUAACGCAUUCGCUGGGCGGCGGAACAGGAUCCGGUAUGGGGACGCUACUUAUCUCCAAAAUCAGGGAAGAGUACCCAGAUCGCAUCAUGAACACGUUCUCAGUCGUCCCCAGCCCUAAAGUUUCAGAUACGGUGGUAGAACCUUACAAUGCUACGCUAUCAGUACAUCAGUUGGUGGAGAACACAGAUGAGACUUAUUGUAUUGACAAUGAGGCGCUGUAUGAUAUCUGCUUCAGGACUCUGAAGUUAAGCACGCCGACUUAUGGAGAUUUGAACCAUCUAGUAUCUGCGACGAUGUCCGGGGUGACGACUUGUUUGAGAUUCCCUGGGCAGUUAAAUGCUGAUUUGAGGAAACUAGCAGUCAACAUGGUUCCUUUUCCUAGAUUGCACUUUUUUAUGCCUGGGUUUGCCCCGCUAACGUCACGUGGAAGUCAACAGUACAGAGCUCUGACAGUUCCAGAGCUGACUCAGCAGAUGUUUGACGCUAAAAACAUGAUGGCGGCUUGCGAUCCACGCCACGGCCGCUACCUCACCGUGGCCGCCAUCUUCCGCGGCCGCAUGUCCAUGAAGGAAGUGGACGAACAGAUGCUCAACAUCCAGAAUAAGAACAGCACGUAUUUCGUGGAAUGGAUCCCUAAUAACGUGAAAACUGCUGUUUGCGACAUACCCCCUCGCGGCCUCAAAAUGUCUGCUACGUUUAUUGGAAAUACUACAGCUAUUCAAGAGCUUUUCAAGAGAAUAUCAGAGCAAUUCACGGCCAUGUUUAGGCGGAAGGCUUUCCUCCACUGGUACACUGGGGAAGGCAUGGACGAGAUGGAGUUCACGGAAGCGGAGAGCAACAUGAACGACCUGGUCUCUGAGUACCAGCAGUACCAGGACGCCACGGCCGAUGACGAAGGGGAGUUCGACGAAGAUAUUGAAGAAGAAUAAGUGUUUUGUGUCCGUUUUGUCUAACCGUUUUGUGUUGUCACUGUUACGUCAUAAGCAAUUGUAUUUGUAAUAAAUCCAUUAGAAUACUUA